CCGCAAGUGCAAUGGAUCCGGUGAAGGUUCUCAUCUUCGGAACAAUAGCAACAGCUGAAGACUUCGAGAACGACGACCUCUUCGUGCACUACUUCUUUCAUCUGGAAAAUGGUUGGACCUCAUCGUGUCCGCUGUUCGGCGUGACCCAGUGUUCCCGGACCAGGUCCAAAAGACGCGUGGAAGUGGCGCACUUUUCGCACCCGUUCGAGAUCGAGCUGGAAAGGACGGCGGCCGACGUCGACCAGGAAGGCGAGUCCCUGUCCUUCUCAGGUGUUGUCAGUGGCCUCGCAAUCAAGUGGCGAGAAAUUGACACUAAUUCCCCCGACCGGACUGAAAGGCAGAAAAAGAAGGAGAAAAAACUUAACCGACGUACAAUAGGGGGGAGGAUGUGCACACCCAACGCACAUAUUAGAAUCCAUGCGAAGUGA